GGCGUCUUUCUUCCUUUCGCCUCUGGCUCUUGUUCCGAACGGAGUGGCCUCCACGCUCCCGCCGUCCCUCGGAGAAAAUGGCGCUCCUCGGUAGCUGACCCUCGUGCCUCCCGCUUUCCUCGCCGUUUCCGUCCGACUCUGAGGAGAAAAAGGGAGCCGACUCCACCGCCUCCGCAGCGUCAUGAAAGUCAUCGUCGGCAUCGGAGGGAUCACAAAUGGCGGGAAGACCACAGUGACUAGGAGACUGAUGCAGGCACUGCCCAACUGCAGUGUAGUGCAUCAAGAUGAUUUCUUUAAGCCCCAGGAUGAGAUAGAGGUUGAAGAUGGAUUUAAACAGUAUGAUGUGAUUAGUGCUCUGGACAUGGAUGCAAUGAUGGGUACCAUCAAUGCUUGGAAGAAAAACCCAAUCAAAUUUGAACGAUCGCAUGGCAUUAACACAUUAGAUACCAGAACUAUAGAGGAUUUAGGAGAAAAUGAUGACACCACCCAUAUCCUUAUUGUAGAAGGAUUCUUACUUUAUACUUACAGGCCUUUGAUUGAUGUCUUUGACUUCCGGUAUUUUCUUUCUAUUCCCUAUGAAGAAUGCAGGAGGAGGAGAAGUUCAAGGAAUUACACUGUACCAGAUCCUCCUGGUUUGUUUGAUGGUCAUGUCUGGCCCAUGUAUGUCAAACACAAGAAACUAAUGGAAGACCUUAAUGUCGAUGUAGUUCAUUUGGAUGGGACAAAAUCAAGGGAGGAGCUCUUUAAUGAAAUCUAUGGACAUAUCCAGAACAACUUAGAAGAUCUGAUGAAGAUGCUGAAUUAAAGUGCCUGGGGGAUUCUUAUGAAGAAGAAGAAACUUGUUCAGCAACUUUUAAAAACGCUUUUUAAAAUACACGACUGGCUUAACAAUAAAGCUCCAACUUCUGUGAAGAUUUUUCCUUGAUUUAUUUCUUGCUGAGAUCAGUCGCUAAAGCAUGGUCUUUAUUAAAAAGUUUACCAUCCACACUG